AUCUGAGUCUCACUGUCGUCUGUCUGUGUAAGAGUGAACAACAGUCCAAAUGACUCAGCAGGGAGUUCUGCUGGACCAGGACCAGUUCUGUUGUUCUGUCUGUCUGGAUCUACUAAAGGAGCCGGUGGUUAUUCCUUGUGGACACAGUUACUGUAGAAGCUGUAUUGAGGGCUACUGGGAUCAGGAUGAUCAGGACAUCUACAGCUGUCCUCAGUGCAAGCAGACCUUCACUCCGAGGCCUACUCUGAGGAAAAAUAACAUGUUGGCUGAGGUGGUGGAGAAACUGAAGAAGACAGGACUCCAGGCUGCUCCCCCUGCUCUGUUCUAUGCUGGACCUGGAGAUGUGGCGUGUGAUUUCUGCACUGGGACCAGAAAGCAGAAAGCCCUCAUGUCCUGUCUGGUGUGUCUGGUGUCUUACUGCGAGACUCACCUCCAACCUCACUAUGAAUCUCCUGGUUUCAAGAAGCACACAUUGGUUAAAGCCACCACACAACUACAGGAGAAGAUCUGUUCUCAUCAUGACAAACUGCUGGAGGUUUACUGUCGUACCGAUCAACAGUGUAUCUGUUAUCAGUGUGUGAUGGAUGAACAUAAAGGCCAUGAUACAGUGUCAGCUGCAGCAGAGAGGACUGAGAAACAGAGUCAGCUGGGGAUGAGUCAGCAGAAGGUCCAGCAGAGAGUCCAGGAGAGAGAAAAGGUGCUGAAGGAGCUCCAACAGGCUGUGGAGUCUCUCAAGCGCUCUUCAAAUGCAGCAGUGGAGGACAGUGAGAGUAUCUUUACUGAGCUGAUCCACUCCAUGGAGAGAAGGCGCUCUGAGGUGAAAGAGCUGAUCAGAGCUCAGGAGAAGGCUGAAGUUAGUCGAGCUAAAGGACUCCUGGAGCAACUGGAGCAGGAGAUAGCUGAGCUGAGGAGGAGAGCUGAUAAGCUGGAGCAGCUCUCACACACAGAGGAUCACAUUCAUUUCCUUCAGAGUUAUCAGUCUCUCUCCAGUCCCAGUGUAUCUUCAGACUUACCCAGCAUCGUUGUCUUUCCUCUUCAAUACUUUGAAGAUGUGAGUAAAUCUGUGUCUGAGCUGAGAGAGAAAGUAGAAGACCUCCUUAAAGGAGAAUGGACCAAGAUCUCCAUUAUAGGGAUGGCCGAUCAUAACAACCACAGCUCCCAGAUGGGGUUGAGGAGGAGAAGGGCUGAGGAGGAGAAGAGGUCGUGCUGCUCUCUCUCUGAGCUGAAGAAAGUCCCUAAGUGUUACGUGGAGCUGGAUCCACUGUCCUUCAGCAGAACUCACACCGUCCUCAUAGAUGUGAAUGAGUUAUGCCAUAAAAUGACAUUGAAAGCUCAGCCUGGACAGCAUGUGUGGAACAGGGACUUUGUUAAGAUGCCCUGCUCACCAGAAAGCCACAUCAAGACUGGAUCGUUAACCAGCUCUGAGGCAGGUCUGUGGGAGGUGGUCUCUAAACAGCUGGUGAGUCUGGCCAAGAAGACCACUGCAUCAGUGGGUGACGUAGAGAAAGCCAUAAAGAAAUACAACCCAAAGUAUGAAAACCAAUGGUCCUUUGAUGCCCUGCACACCUUUGUUCAGGAAGCGCCUAAAGAAGAGAACUACUACACAUCUGUUUUUCCAAAGAUAGCAGAGCUGGCCUCCAGACUGCCUCACUAUAUCAAGAAGGCCAUUCCCCUGCUCCAGAGAGGCCAGACUCAUUCCAUCACGUUGUCCCAGAGUCAGAUAGCUUGUCUGCUGGCCAAUGCCUUCUACUGCACCUUCCCCCACCGCAACUCCCCCAACCCCAGAGCAGAGUACAACAACUACCCCACCAUCAACUUUAACAGUCUGUUUGGAAAGUGGUCUGAGAGGAAGAGAGAGAAGCUGAGAGCCAUCCUUCAUUACUUCCACACUGUCACAGACCAAGCGACCAGGCCCAGUGGACUGGUGACCUUUGAGAAGCGCUACAUCAGCGACAGAGACAUGCCCAACUGGGGGAGUUGUAAGGUGACUGUUCCUAAACUCCACGUCACCUCAGCAGGCUGCAUAGAGGAACAGGGAACAGGGAUGCUACAGGUGGACUUUGCCUGUAACAUGAUAGGAGGUGGAGUGUUGGGCUCAGGUCUGGUUCAAGAGGAGAUUCUGUUCCUGAUGAACCCAGAACUCAUCGUAUCUCGACUCUUCACUGAGAGACUAGGAGACAACGAGUGUCUCUUCAUCACAGGCUCUCAACAGUUCAGUCAGUACAGUGGCUACAGCGACUCUUUUAAGUGGAAAGGGCCUCACAGAGACAACAUUGAGAGGGAUGAAUGGCAGAGGCUACACAGGCAGAUUGUAGCCAUGGAUGCUCUCCACUUCAGACACCAGAGAGAACAGUACAACAUGAGACAGGUCACCAGGGAACUCAACAAGGCGUACUGUGGCUUUAAGGCAGGUGACAACACUCACCCAGACCUCCUUCCUGACAUCGCCACGGGCAACUGGGGCUGCGGAGCCUUCAAUGGAGACCCCAAACUUAAAGCUCUGAUCCAGCUGAUGGCUGCAGCCAGGGCCCAGAGGGGCGUGGCCUUCUUCACCUUGAAGAACUUCAGCUUGGAGAGAGAGCUGCAGAACAUGCACCAACUACUGGUCACACACAGAACUACAGUGGGUAAACUGUAUGAGUUGCUGGAUGACUACUGUGCUGUGAUACAGUUGGCUCACACACACGUGGACCUGUUUGACUGGAUCAGGAACACCCUGGAACACAGGAGUCAGCUGUGAGGACACAUCUCAAUACUCUAAAGGAGCUUCCUUUCCUUGUCUCCUUUCCUUUUUAUCAUUAUUGAGAUGCACCCCAGAGAUAGAGUGGCUCUAUGAAUGAUCUGUGGAUAGAAACAUGGUACAAUUCCAAGUAGUGGUUGAUUAUGAAUGUGUUUGUCUUUUCACUACUACACUGUUCCUAAAUCAAACUAAUAAAGUAUACAGGGCUUUCUAACUGCUGCACACAGAAUAAAAUGAUGUCAGCUAAAUCAGAGGUCCUGCUUUUUGAUGUACCCCCUUGAUGAUAGCCAACAACUUAACCAGCAUUAUGCACAUGAAGUGUAGUGUAAAAUACUCUAGAAUUAUUAUUUAUUCUUUAAAAAUGAUGAAUAGAUUCCUCUUUAUAAUCCAGUAAUAAAUUCCUCUUUAUUAUCCAGUAAUACAUUCCUCUUUAUAAUCCAGUAAUAAAUUCCUCUUUAUAAUCCA